AUGGCCAACGGCGGCCUGCACAUCCCCCGCGCGCGCGCCGCCUCCAUCCCCGCCAACGUGUCGCGCUUCGUGUCGAGGUCGCGGGAGGCGGGCGUCAAGGAGAUGCUCACCAGCCUGGGGCUGCUGUGCUUGGUGUCGCUGCUGCUGGCGCUGCUCUCGCUCAUCUUCCUGCUGAAGAUCUCGCCGCUCACCGUCGCCGACAUUCGCGACCUGCUGCGCUCCGAGCAGCUCACCGUCAUCUCGGCCGAGGAGUACGUGGUGGUGUACGAGGUGACGCUGGCGCUGUGCGCGCUCACGCUCUCGCUCAACCUCUGCUGCCUGCUGGUGUGCGCCAUCCAGUUCCUGUUCGCCGUCAAACUCGUCAAGUCGCCUCAGGGUGGCGAGAGGUGA